AUGUAUUGGUACCGCCAAGCUCCCGGGAAAGCGCCAGAGUGGAUCUCCUGCAUUAACCCCGACAGCACGAACGCGGACUAUGGACACUCAGUGAAAGGGCGAUUCACCAUCUCCAGAGACAACCCCGACAACCUGCUGUAUCUGCCAAUGACCGGCCUGAGACCCGAGGACGCGGCGGUGUAUCACUGCCAGAGAGACACAGUGACUGGCCGGGAAUCUAACCACAAUGUGGCCAAAGCUGCCGCCUUUGCCCAGGCCUGGCCCCAGGGGAUUGUUCCCACCCGCUCUCACGCCCCCAACCCGCUUUGUUCCCCAGGGGCCCAGGCCCAGGUGCGGCUGGUGGAGUCCGGGGGCGGGGCUGCGAACACAGGCGGCUCCAGGCGGCUCUCCUGCAGCGGCUCCGGAUUCGCUUUCAGCAGCUACACCAUGUUCUGGUACCGGCAGGGCCCCGGGACAGGCCUGGAAUGGGUCUCCUGGAUCAGCGGCAAUGGCGGCAGCACAGAUUACCCUGACUCAGUGAAAGGGCGAUUCACCGUCACCAGGGACAACGCCAAGAACCAGCUGUAUCUGCAAAUGAGCCGCCUGCGACCCGAGGACACCGCCCGGUAUUACUGUGCGAGAGACACAGUGACGCGAAGCCAGGCUGAGCGCUGACAAAAACUCGCUGCGUUCAGCCCAGGCGAUUCGGGAGCGUCACGUGACCAACGUCACCCCCUGAACUCCCACGUCCCUGAGCCGCUCCCCAUAGCCCGCCGCUCACCCACCCCCUGCAGCCUCUGGAUGCCGUGUCCUCGUGCGGUGUGGUGCACGCCAGCGGGGCUGGGUGUGUGUCUGUGCCCGGAGCGGUUGUUCUCAGAGCACAGGGCAGGAA